AUGAAUUGUUUAUGGCACAGAAAGUGGACGUCAACAAACCCCGGAACCGGAAACCAGCCAACGAUGAGUUCAGGAACGUUAUCCGGACCGCCUUCAUCCGCCCCGCUGAUGAUAUUCCGCCGCCUACUCCGGCCGACGGUCCCUCUUCUCCUCACCCUCUGCCCGAAACAUCCGAUCCGCCUCCCCGCUCAAACGACGCCUCUUCUUUUCCCCUCCACGCGCCCCCAUUUCUCAUCUGCAAAUUCUCGCCCUUUCUCCUCAAACUCAACACUCCAAUCCAUUCUACAGCUUUCAAAUUCCUCUGAGGGAAUCGAGGAAGAAGUUGAUUCCCAUGGGACGGAGGAAGUUAAUAUACCUGAACCAGUAGCUGUUACCAUCGAAUCUCCGGAAAAUCGGAGGCUGCAUGCGAAGCUUCAGGGACUCACCGUGAAGGAGAAGAAAGAGUUGGGUUCUUAUGCAAACAGCUUGGGGAAGAAGCUCAAAUCUCAACAGGUCGGAAAAUCUGGAGUCACAGCUACUGUCGUGGCUGCCUUGGUUGAAACCCUAGAAAGGAAUGAGCUUUUGAAGCUUAAAAUACAUGGGAGCUGCCCGGGAGAGCUAGAUAAUGUAGUUAAGCAAUUGGAAGAAGGCACAGGAUCUGUUGUGGUUGGUCGAAUUGGUAGGACUGUGAUUUUAUAUAGACCAAGCCUUUCCAAAUUAGAAGCUGAAGAGAAGAAAAGGGUAGCCCAAAGAGCUUCUCCGAUCAAAAAUAUCUUGAAGAAACCGGCUAAGGAGACGGGAGUAGAGGCAAGACCAUCACACCGAGGUCACAGAGGGAGUAGCAGAUUUAAACCGAGGUCCCUAGGUACGUCCCUAACUUGAAUUGGGAUGCCCCAUCAAUCCCUAUCUGGGUCAAGCCUAAGCAACAGGUAAUGUAUGUGGUGACAAGGAGUAACAUUUGGGAUUUAUAACACUUCCAAUAGCUAAGAAUAUGAGAUGGUUGAGUUCCUCAUUCCAUGUCAAAAUUUCCAAUCACACCGGGUUUUAAGCCGCUCUUCUUAAUGACUGUAAUCAACCCUAAUCGGCGAAGCGUAUGACAUUGCAAAUGAGACGUAUGCUGUCGGAAGAGCACAAGGCAGUGAGGGCAAAUGCAUUUGAAUGGAUUUGUUGUGUAUGCCAAUUUUGUACUACAUAUUUACAUACCUGCUAUUUUUAAACAAGAAUGGUGUGGAUGACAUCAUGGUGAAUCAAAUCUUGAAUUGGUU